AUGAGAUUCACUGGCUUGUAUCGUACCACCAAUUAUUUGCGCAAUAAUGCUCUCGGCAAGGUUGCCUCUCCUUCUUCAACAAGUUCUACUACAUCAACAACAACAUCAACUGUUAAAACCGCUGCUAAGAAAUCAGAUGGUGUGAUUAGAGGAAGUGCCGUUGCUGUUAUUGGUGGUGCUGCUAUUUUUGGUUCAGCAUACUAUUAUUUGAGAGAUCUUAUGGAAAGUGAAACAAAUCAAUUAAUUGAAAAGACUAAAAGUAUUGAAUCAUUAAAGACUAAACGUCAACUUUUGGAAGAAGAAAAGAGAGAAAUAGAAAAGGAACACGAAAAAUUAUUAAAGAAGAGAGAAUUGGCCAAUCAAUUGCCAGAAGAAAAGGAUCAAGCCUCCCACAAACUUCUCCUCCUUAAAUUCUAUCGUAAUUGGAAUUCGAUCUUUUAUGGUGUUAGCUCUGAAAUAGAUAGUCAAAAUCAAAAGAAACAACAAGAACGUAUGAGUGUUAUGAGAAGCAGAGUUGAGGAAGAAGUGCAAUCCAAAUUUAGUUUGAAGGAUGGUCAAUAUAAGAUUAAGACUAUUCAAGAAGAGUAA